UUUCAUCUUCACCACUACCAAAACAACAUUGACAACAUGAAGACCUUCUUCCUCCUAGCUUUCCUUGCUCUGGUAGUGAGCACUGCUAUUGCGCAAUAUGCAGAAGUUCCCAGCCCAGCUGCGCAAGCUCCCACCGCGGAUGGUUUUGGGGAAUGGGUUGCGAUAGCGCCUAGUGCGAGUGGUUCUGAGAAUUGCGAGGAAGAGCAGCCAAAGGUAGACUCUUGUAGCGAUUAUGUUAUGGAUCGGUGUGUGAUGAAGGAUAUGCCGCUCUCUUGGUUCUUUCCUCGGACUUGGGGGAAGAGAAGUUGUGAGGAGGUCCGAAACCAGUGUUGUAAGCAAUUGAGGCAAACGACGCCGCGUUGCCGUUGCAAGGCUAUAUGGACAUCAAUCCAAGGCGAUCUAAGUGGCUUCAAGGGCCUUCAACAAGGUCUUAAAGCCAGAACGGUGCAGACGGCCAAGAGCCUUCCCACCCAGUGCAACAUUGAUCCGAAAUUCUGCAACAUCCCCAUCACUAGCGGAUAUUACUUGUGAUGUAGCUUCCAUUGGUGACCAAUAAACUAUCACAUACCACUGUAUGUGACCAAUAAAUGUGACCAUGGAAUAAUAUAUACUUUAGUUUCCCUUA